UCCUCGCUCCCCAAUCUUAGCUUAUAAAUUCUUCCAUUCAUUCCCUUCGCUCUCUUCAUCCCACUUUUGUUAGAGUGACAACAACAUCUCAUAACCACCAAAACAUGGCAACCCAAUACCUCAUCUUCUUCCUUCUCCUCUCUUCCUAUACACUCACCUCUGUCUCCACAGAAGAAACCGGUUUCGUGCGUUCACUAGACCGCGAGAUGAUGGCCAUGGAAAAGAAAGAAAAAAUAAGCCACUUCAGAUUCUAUUGGCAAGACAUCGUUGGUGGAAACAACGCUACCUCAGUUGUAAUUGUUCCACCACUCCCUAAGUAUAACCCUGCCAAUGCCUUUGGUAUGGUUAGAAUCAUUGACAACGCUUUGACCUUAGGACCAGAACUAAGUUCAAAGCUUGUUGGAAGAGCUGAAGGGUUUUAUGCAUCUACAUCACAGACAGAGCUUGAUCUUCUUAUGGUUAUGAGCUUUGCCUUGUUUGAAGGGAGGUAUAAUGGUAGCAGCAUCACAAUCGUGGGGAGGAACGUUGCUUAUAACACGGUUAGGGAGUUGCCUGUGAUUGGUGGCAGUGGUGUUUUCAGGUUUGCUAAGGGAUAUGCUGAAGCUAGGACUCACUUUUUUGAUCCUAAAACUCAGGAUACUGUUGUUGAGUACAACGUUUAUGUUUUUCAUUAUUGAUGUCACACUGUUUCUUAGUUUCCUCUUUUGAGGUCAUGUAUCUGCUGCUUUUUUGCUUUUCCUGUGGAGGUUAACCUCGUGAACCCACUCCUUGUUUAUUUGUAU